GUAAAAACCCAGUCACGGAUGGGGAAGUUUCCACGAUUGAAAUUGAGAGGAAAGAAGGAGAAAGCCUUGGAAUCAGUGUGGUUGGGGGAUGUGACACACCACUGGUGUGCACAGUUAUACAGGAAGUGUUUCCAGGUGGCGCUGUCUCUCAUGAUGAACGUUUGAUUGCAGGGGACCAGAUUUUGGAGGUCAAUGGAGAAGAUCUCACGCAAGCCACACAUCAUCAGGCUGUUGCCACUUUAGCCCAGUUCUUUCCGGUGUGUCGCCUCACAGUCUACAGGGAGAGAGCGGAGGAUAGUCGGCCUAUAGAAAAAGAAGAAACACUCAAGAUAACACUUUGCAAACACAAGGGAAAACAAAUGGGGAUCAAACUUGUUGGCAAAAGGAAUGGACCUGGAGUGUAUAUACUGACAUUGAUUCCUGGCUCUCUGGCCGCAUGUGAUGGCAGACUGAAAAUGGACGAUCGUGUCUUGGAAAUCAAUGGUCAGGAUGUUUCCUAUGGUACCCAGGAGCAGGCGGCUUCCCUCAUCAUCUCCAGCCCUGACCGUGUCCAGUUUGUUAUAGCCAGAAGGUCGAGGCCCCAGACCCCUGACAUUAUCAGAUCGGCAGCCGAAAACAGCAAGUACGCUGCAUUUUCUGAUGACUUGGAGAAGCCUAUUUCACCUCUGUGCCUAGUGUGCAAGGAGAAAAUCGUCACAAUUACCAAAGACUUGCCUGAGACGUUGGGAGUGAGUAUAGCAGGUGGGUUGGCCAGCCAUCGUGGGGACACACCAGUCUACAUCACCAACAUCAACCCUGAUGGUUGUGUGGGCAGGACAAAUGUCUUGAAGAAAGGGGACAUCCUGCUGUCCAUCAACACCACCAGUCUUCUCAACCUGACCCACCUGGAGAGCGUCAAACAGAUCCGCACCAACUCAGAGGUCAAAGUUCUGACACUCAGGGUCAUUGACUCCAGGGAAACUUCUCAGGGAGAUCACAAUUUCACACCUUCUUGGAUUUACUGGUUGCAGAUGCCUCAAAUCUGCAGACUUGUGAAAACAAUCACCCUUCUGAGGUCACCCAGUGGGAGCCUUGGAUUUUCUAUAGUAGGUGGAGCUGACUGCAGCCAUGGAAACCUUCCCAUAUUUGUUAAAUCUGUUGUCCCAGAUACACCAGCUGCCAAGGAUGGUCGCCUUCGAUGUGGCGACAUCCUGCUGACCGUGAACGAACACAGCUUACGGGCAAUCACUCACACGGCCGCCGUGGAGAUUCUCAAACAUGUAGAUGGUGCUGUCACCCUGACGGUGGUCUCCUGGCCUGGCACUGCUGUAUGA